AUGACCUCUCUCAAGCAAUUCAUCCGCAAUGUUCGCGCAUCUAAAACCAUCGCCGACGAACGCGCGGUUAUUCAGAAAGAGAGUGCUGCUAUCCGGGCAAGCUUCCGAGAGGACAGCACUGACUCUGGCAUUCGGAGAAACAAUGUUGCCAAGUUACUAUAUUUGUUUACAUUAGGAGAAAGAACACAUUUUGGGCAGAUAGAAUGCCUGAAACUGCUUGCCUCACCUCGCUUCGCCGACAAACGGCUGGGCUAUCUAGGGACUAUGUUGCUGCUAGACGAGAACCAGGAAGUUCUGACUCUAGUUACCAACUCUUUAAAAAAUGACCUCAACCACUCGAAUCAAUAUGUCGUUGGCCUUGCACUAUGCACACUCGGAAAUAUUGCGUCUGUCGAAAUGUCCCGAGACUUGUUCCCCGAGAUAGAAUCCCUUAUAUCGACUGCAAACCCUUACAUUCGUCGAAAGGCAGCUCUCUGCGCCAUGCGAAUUUGCCGCAAGGUACCUGACUUGCUGGAACAUUUUGUUGACAAGGCGAAGAACCUCUUGGUGGACAGAAACCACGGAGUCUUGCUAAGUGGCCUCACUCUCGCGAUCGAAUUCUGUGAAUAUGAUGAAAUUGAGGGUACAGGGGAAAUCGUGGAAAAAUUCCGUCCAAUGGCAGCCGGACUGGUGCGGACGCUGAAGGGUUUAACAUCCUCUGGCUAUGCCCCUGAACAUGACGUGUCGGGUAUAACAGACCCAUUCUUGCAGGUCAAAAUUCUGAGGUUCCUGAGAGUUCUCGGAAGAGGCGAUGCGGCUACCAGCGAACUGAUAAAUGAUAUCCUUGCUCAAGUGGCUACGAACACUGAAUCAAGCAAAAACGUUGGCAAUUCUAUUCUAUAUGAGGCUGUUUUGACCAUCCUGGAUAUCGAAGCCGACUCUGGUCUUCGUGUGCUAGGUGUUAACAUCUUGGGCAAAUUCUUGUCAAACAAGGAUAACAACAUACGAUACGUUGCUCUCAAUACCCUGGUCAAAGUGGUUGCUGUAGAACCAAAUGCGGUUCAGAGACAUAGGAACACGAUUUUAGAAUGUCUACGAGAUCCGGAUAUCAGCAUACGACGGCGAGCACUUGACCUCAGUUUCACUUUGAUCAAUGAGGGAAACGUCAGAGUACUUGUUCGUGAGCUCCUAGCCUUCCUCGAGGUCGCUGAUAAUGAAUUCAAGCCCGCCAUGACAACCCAAAUCGGCAUCGCAGCCAACAAAUUUGCUCCCAACCCAAGAUGGCAUGUGGACACCAUGCUCCGAGCUUUGAAACUUGCCGGAAACUACGUGAAGGAGCAGAUCAUAUCAUCUUUCGUCCGUCUCAUUGCUACCACGCCCGACCUUCAAACUUAUUCCGUACAAAAGCUGUAUGCAGCACUGAAGGAAGACAUCUCCCAGGAAGGUCUUACCAUAGCCGCAUCCUGGGUUAUUGGUGAAUUUGGAGAUGCCCUCCUCAAUGGAGGUCAGUAUGAGGAGGAGGAGCUUGUGAAGGAGGUGAAGGAGACCGACAUUAUUGACCUUUUCAUGAACAUCCUUAACAGCACAUACGCUACACCAAUCGUGACCGAAUACAUUACUACAGCUGCCAUGAAACUCUCAGUCAGAAUUUCGGACCCUGCCCAGAUUGAGCGAAUCCGCAAGUUCCUAAAGACCAAGACCGCAGAUCUGAGCGAGGAGAUCCAGCAACGUGCCGUGGAGUAUAGCAAUUUGUUUGGAUAUGAGCAGAUAAGGCAGGGAGUCCUCGAGAGGAUGCCACCGCCACAAAUACGCGAGGAGCAGCGAGUGCUUGGUGAAGUGACCAAUAAACGGCAGAGCAGGCUGCUAAAGGAUAAAUCUAAGAAGCCAUCUAAACCCACUGAGCAAGACAUGCUCCUCGAUCUCAUGGGCGGCUCCGAACCCCCGACCGAAAGCACAUCAGGAAAAACUAACGGCAGACAAAAUACCGCUGACCUUCUCGCUGAUAUACUUGGCGGAGGUACCUCAGAGCCAGCACCACAGCCACAACCCACUUCCACCAAGGCUUCAAACGUUAACGACAUUAUGGAUCUAUUUGGUUCCAAUGGGGCUUCCCAACAGCAGGCUACUUCCGGCCUACCGGGACGACCAACUCCAGCUCCCGCUCCUGCCGCCCCAUCCCCUUCCGCGCACGAGGUCUUUAACAAGAACGACCUUCAAGUAACUCUUCAGGUGCAAAGGAAUAGUGCUGGAACAUGUCAGAUACUUGCUAAAUUCCGUAACACUUCUGCGCUAGACAGCUUUUCGAAAGUCGGUCUACAAGCCGCCGUACCCAAGACUCAGAAGCUCCAACUGAGCGCUAUCAACAAACCAGAACUUGACGGGGGUGAAGAGGGCACACAGGCAAUGAGAAUUGCUGCUGCGUCUGGCUCUCUUCCCCCAAAGCUUCGACUACGUCUAAGAAUAAGCUAUGCUAAAAAUGGCGGAAACCCCAGCGUGGAUCAGGUUGAUUGGACUGAGCCAUAG